AGUCACUCGGCGUCAAGAAUCUGCUCGAAUUCGACUUUAUGGAUCCGCCCCCUCAGCAAGUCCUGACGAAUGCAAUGUAUCAGCUCUGGGUGCUGGGCGCCCUUGAUAACGUCGGCGAUCUUACGCCGCUCGGCCGUAAGCUCAGUAACUUCCCGAUGGAGCCUAGCCUGUCGAAGAUGCUCGUCACAUCCGUUCAUUACAAGUGUUCGUCCGAGAUGCUCACUAUCGUGUCCAUGCUCUCGGUGCCCUCAGUCUUCUAUCGGCCGAAAGAGCAGCUGGAGGAGUCAGACGCAGCUCGCGAGAAAUUCUUCGUGCCAGAGAGCGAUCAUCUGACGCUGCUGCAUUGCUACACGCAAUGGAAGAACAACGGCUUCCGUGACGAAUGGGCCUCAAAACAUUUCUUACACGCCAAGCUACUUCGCAAGGCCAGGGAGGUGCGAGAGCAGCUUGAGGACAUCAUGCGGACUGAGCGACUCGAGAUCAUUGCGUGUGGUACCGACUGGGACGUCAUCCGCAAGUCCAUUUGCGCAGGUUACUUUCACCAGGCAGCCAAAGCGAAGGGUAUUGGAGAGUAUGCAAAUUGUCGGAGCGGCAUACCGAUGAAUCUGCAUCCGACAUCGGCGCUCUACGGCCUUGGCUAUCAGCCGGAAUACAUCGUCUUUCACGAGCUCGUCUUUACAAGCAAGCAGUACAUGCAAUGUGUCACUGCUGUGGAUCCCUUCUGGCUUGCUGAAUUGGGUGGCAUCUUCUUCUCGGUCAGGCAGCAGAACUUUGGACAUCGAGAGGCUCGUGUCGCUGACCUCGGAAGCGUAAUCUGCGAUGCUGUCAGCCCUGCUGCUGCGAUGCAUACAUGACUACCCACUCGGUCCGCAUAGCAUGCGAAAGAGAGACGUCGCAUCGAGGAGCGAGUGAUGGAACCAGCCCAUAGGAACCCUUGCAACGCGCAUCAGUCUUCGGCGUCAUUGCUGCCCGAUCAGGCCUGACCGUAAAAUGAGGAAUGCAGAACAGCACUCGGCGUCUGCUAGGCUGUCAGCUCUCCUCGCGGUCGGAGCGUGAUCCGGCGAACAGAUAGGCUCGGCUGGCACGAAAUGUGUCAUGAUCUCCACAGUGACCGUACGGAAGGAUGUCGAGUGUUGUUCAGCCGACCAAACCAGAUAAU